AACCCUGGGUGAGCUCUCUCAUCUUGUAUUUAUAGACAGGAGGAGGCUGAAUUAAUUCAGGGAAACUCCUGCUUUUCUCAUCUCUGCAUCCUGAAUUCUCUCCUGCAGCAGGUUUCCAGCAUUAGGUGGUGCUUCACAGCCACAGUUGUUAAUUCAAGGAUGCUCAGCUGAGGAUAAAAUUUCAUAUUUAAUGGCUUGAUGAGGGUCUGCAGAGAUACAGUUUUGUGUCAAAUAUCUGGCAGGUGUUUGUGCUGCUGAGGAAAGCUGCUGUUUGAUCUGUGCUGUUGAUGUCUUUGAUGUCAAGGAGGGCUCUUUUCUGUUCUGAGAUCUGUCGGGGUCACUGCAGCAGGGUGGCAUUGUCACUGCUGAUUUUUUGGGAUCUCCCUCCUCUCGUUCCCUCCCUCUGCUCCUCUGAGAAUUUCUGGCAUCGAGACAUUAGUACUUGCUUUUAUUUUAUUUUAAGUUUCUUAGAAGUUUGACAUUGACUUCCUGAAAAUGAAAGGAGAGAAUCUCAUUUUCUGCUUCAAAGCUGCUCCGAGAUCUCCGGCUCCCUUUGUUUUCGGGGGGUUCUGGAAGGAAUCAAAGGCAUCUGACUGUACAACAGCCCUGCCUCAAUCUGAUCUGCUUUAAGUGUAACCAUAUUUGUACAUGCUGGGGCCUGUUUUAUGUCUCUAUUUCAUUCUUUUUCAAGUCUGUGACCUUUCCUUUAGGAUCCUAAUAAGCAGUUUUCCCUGUCGGGUACCUCAGUGAGAGCAGAUAAUUGCUGCGCACAGCGGUGAUUUGAUGGAAACAGGCACGCAAUCCCAGCUGGAAUGGGGAUGUCUCCCACAUUUCACACUCUUCCUGGCUGAGAAUAUGGGGUGUGUGAAAACCUGAGGAAGUUGGAGAUCACAGGAGUGUCCUGUCGAGACGUUUACGCCAAACGUAUAAACCCACGGGUGAAGUCGGGGCGUUUUAUGAAAAUCCUGCCCGACUACGAGCACAUGGAGUACAGAGAUGUUUACACCUGCCUGCUGCACCGCUACCGGCACAUCCUGGGGUUGUGGCAGCCGGACAUCGGGCCCUACGGGGGACUGCUGAACGUGGUGGUGGAUGGUUUGUUCAUCAUUGGCUGGAUGUACCUGCCCCCUCAUGACCCUCACGUGGAUGAUCCCAUGAGAUUCAAACCCCUCUUCAGGAUCCACCUCAUGGAGAGGAAAUGUGCCACGGUGGAGUGCAUGUAUGGCCACAAGGGACCUCAUAAUGGCCACAUCCAGAUUGUGAAGAAGGACGAGUUCUCCACCAAGUGCAACCAGACGGAUCACCACCGGAUGUCAGGGGGCAGGCAGGAGGAAUUCCGGACGUGGCUGAGGGAGGAGUGGGGUCGGACUCUGGAAGACAUUUUCCAUGAACACAUGCAGGAGCUCAUCCUGAUGAAGUUCAUCUACACCAGCCAAUACGAUAACUGCCUGACGUACCGGCGCAUCUACCUCCCCCCCAGCAGCCCCAACGACCUCAUCCAGCCAGGCCUCUUCAAAGGCACCUACGGGAGCCAUGGGCUGGAGAUUGUCAUGCUGAGCUUUCAUGGGAACAAAGCCAAGGGCACCAAGAUCACUGGAGAUCCCAACAUCCCAGCUGGACAGCAGACUGUGGAGAUAGACCUGGCCCAUCCUCUGCAGCUGCCUGACAUCGAGAACCUGCGAGACUUGAGCGAGCUGUCCCGCAUUGUGCUGGAGGUGCAGGAGCAGAUCCGGCGGGAGGAGCAGGAGCGGGAGCAGCGGCAGGAGGAAGAGGAGCAUUCCCAGCAGCCUGCCAGUCCCCUGGCAGGAGAAGGUGCUGAGGGGGAAGAGACUGCAGCUGGGGCAGAGGGGAAGACCCAGGACAAGGCCCCAGCUUCCCAGCCCUUUGUGCUGCCCAUGGGAGUGAUAUCGAGGAAUGAGGAUUAUCCCCGGACCUGCCGCAUCUGUUUUUAUGGGACAGGGCUCAUCGCUGGCCACGGUUUCACCAGCCCCGAGAGGACCCCGGGGGUGUUCGUCCUGUUCGACGACGACCGCUUCGGCUUCAUCUGGCUGGAGCUGAAAUCCUUCAGCCUCUACAGCCGCAUCAAGGUCUCCUUCCAGAACGCCCAAGCGCCUUCCCGGGAGGCCUUCGAUGAGAUGCUCAAGAACAUUCAGUCCCUGGCUACUUGAUGAGUGGUUGGUGAUGGACAGGGGUGGCAAAGGCUGCUGCGCUCCCCAGCCGGGGCUGUCGGUACCUCUGGAUAGAAGCAUGCACUUUGAAUAAAGCCUUUUUACCCCAAAUGUCCACACAUCCCAGUUCAGACAUCCGUGACUGCCCUUUCCUCUGUGCCGCUCCACGCUGCCUCCCAGCAGUCCUUGUUUCCCAGUCUGUGCUUUGGAGAGCUGAAGGGAUCCUGCAGGGGAGGGAACAGACCUCCCUUAGUGCGAAAAAAAAGAAUGUAUUGGGACAAAACCGACUUGUGGUCAGAGGAACAGGCAGUGACAGAGCACAUCCUCCUCUCCAGAAACCUUUCUGUGGGUGCAGCGUUGCCAGGAGAGGCUGGUACAAUACCUGCAUCCUUGGCUUGCUAAUUGGAGUGUGUGGUUUCCUCUGCAGAAUUGCCUCAGCCAGGGCAGGGCCCCCACUGCAGAUGAGUGUGUGCAGCAUUGUCCUGUGGAACUUGAUGGAUGUGCUGUCCCUGAGACCACAGGUGACUUUUUUUACUCCUUGCAGGAGCUGGGUGUGGGACUGAAGAUGGGUGUAAAACUGCAAAAGCUCUUAUGUUCAGACUGGUUUGUACCUGAAAGGCUUUCUCAGAUCUUGUCAAGUGGCUCUGAAGAGGCACAGGAAGGAGCCAAAAGAAACCCAGCUGUGAGAUGAGCCCAGAGGGCUCCAGGUGGGCAGCACAAGGUGCCACAUAUCCCCCUGGUCCUGUGUGACCCCAGGGGUGCCAUUCCUGUUCAGGCUGCCCUUCAGAGUCCUUGUAUUGUGUGGCUUGUUCUGGCUCCUGGAGCAGUGGCUGCUGCUGCCCCCCUCACAGAACCCUUCUUUCCCUUUGCAGUUGCACUUCUUUCAUCCCAGAAUGAUUUUGUGGCAGAUCUGAGCUCCACUGGGAGUUGUGUGCUGCAGGCAAGGGAGCAGAUUCCCUUUGGACUGUGCUGUGCAGGAAAACCCUGGCUGUGAAUUGUGCUGGAGACCAUCAGCACUAACACAAGCCUUUGUUGCAGCUGCCCUCUGGCUGUGAUGACAAACUCCAGGUCCCUUCUCUUCUCCCCAGAUCAGUGUCUAACAAAACCCUGCCGUUCCAUCUCUGCAGUUUUAGGUCUGUAAAUGUGUCUGUACCUGUGCUGGGAGGUUUCAGGCCCCCUCUGGGGAGAAGUUUCAGUCCCUGCCUGGUUCCAGUGCCUGUGAACAGCUUUUAUUCUCACUCUCACAAGGGCUUUUUGCCAUUUCUGCCUCUCAUGUGUUCCCUCAGCUGUGUGAGAAGCCAGGCUCCAGCAGAGACAGCGAGCAGCAGCUCGUGUCACUCACAGGAUUAAUUCCUGUCUCUCUGGAUGGAGCUUUCCAAACCUCUGGGAAUUUCAAGGUGAUUUAGGGCACUUUUUGCUUUGUUUCCUGCAGCUCUGUGAGGAGUGGCAGUCCUGCCUCAGUGUCAGGGCUGAGGAGCUGUUGCAGGCCUGCUGAAAAAGCUGGGGAAAUGUUGCAGGGUGGGUGUGAGCAGGCUGUAGAGGUUUCCCUGCCAGUUUGGAUCUCCCAGGGCUGCAGAGAGGGAGUGGGCAGAGAGGUGACCUGGAGCUGAGCUUGGCUAUCUCAGCCUCGUGCAGACACAGGUUUCCAGUUUGGUGCAGAUUUCUGGGACAGCUGAAGAUGUUCAGUGCUGGGUUAAUGGUUGGACUCGAUCUCAGAGGUCUUUUCCAACCUAAAUGAGUCUAUGAUUAGGACUUUAUUUGGUAUCUCAGUGGUUUAUCUUGGGAUUUGCUGUUAGGCUGCUGCAGUUCUGCCUGGUGUUCUCCCUAACAGCCCAAAGGGGUGGGAGAUGUCCCCUGGGGAAGCUGUUCCCAUUGCCUGUCCCUAAAACCAGCUCUUCUUCAGCUGGACCUGCAGCUCUGAGUGCAGAUUCCUCCCCACUUCAAUAUCCCUGCCAAAAAAAAAUAAUAAUCCUAAACUUUCACACAACUGACUUGAUAAUUUUGGCUUUUAGCUUUUAAAUUAUGAUUAAUUUUUUUUAAAUGGAGAUUAAAAUCCAGACUGCACUGAUUGCCCUGCGAGUACCUGAGGCUUGAGUCACUCUCUCAGGUACUGACCUGUCUGUAGCCUCUGUCCUUUGUCACCUGGGCCAGGGGUCACCUGUUUGCUGUUGGCACAGGUUGUGCAUCCGCUUUUCUCCAGGCUUCUUUUCCCUUCUGAGUCUCCAGUGGCAGUGCCAAGGAUCUCCUGAAGGCCAGACCUGCUUGGCUGGCUGGAGAGAAUGAUUUUAGUGGAGGCUGGUGCCUUGGGGGAAUUUUCCCAGCUCUGCCUUGCCCCUGUAGUGGCAUCUUUUUAUUUAUAACUCACCUGGCUGGCCUCAAAAUGUCAGGAUAAUUCCUGAUUAAAGGCAGAGCUGCUGGUACCCCCUGGCUUCAUUCUGUCUGGAGCAAAGGAAAUAGCAAGUUUUGUAUUAAUAAUCCUCCUCUGAUGCCUUUUCUCACCUUGUGCUGCUCCAAGCCUGGCAGGCUUUUGUGGCAUUUCAGAGGAAAAUUCCCUCUGGUUUGGCUGAGGGUGAGGAAAGCUGUGAAGGUGGAUUUGGGAAUGCUGGGGAUGCUCCUGUGCUGGAUAUUCCUUUGUGUGUGGCUCUGUCAGUGCUUCCAGAGCAGAGCAGGAUAACGUGGAGUUACCACUCCCAGCUCUGGAAUCUUUGGGAAGGGGGAGAGACAGAUUUAGGAGCAGGCAGUUUGGAUCUGAUCCCCCCUGGCCGAGGGGGAUGCUCCUGCUUUCCCAGUCCUGCCUUUCCUCCUGGGAGGCUGUGCUGACAGCACACUUGGGUGCAGGCUGUAGCACCCCCUGCACAACACUGCAUUCCCCACUCCUUUCCCAAAUGCCAGUUUCCAGCCCCUUGGGAUCCUUGUGUGAGCUGUUGACAGGGAUAAUGUGUGCUGGGGCCCUGCAGAUGGUGAUCAAUCUCUGCUGCCGACGUCUCCUCGUCCUUUUGGCUCUGCGGGAAAUCUCGGGGACAAUUGGCUGGAUUUCUUCAUCCCAGAUGGGUGGAAAGUGCUGGCGAGGAUGGAAAACAACUUGUCAGGGGUAGGAAUACUCCUGGCAGGAGCCUUUUGGAUUAAACAAAGCCUUUGCAGGGAGGUUGCAGAGCCCCAGUGGCCACUGCAAGACCUGGGGCUGAAUUCUGGCUCGGGGACAAGAAGUGUGUGCUUCAUGUGCUGGGGAUGGGUUCUGCUCCUCCAUCCUGUGUUGUCAAAACACACGGAUUUGGCCAGCUGGAAAACAGGAACAUCAAAGCUCCAGUUUGUUUGCCUUGGGCCUGAUUUGAGAGCUGUGAAUGUGCUGUGCUCAGGAGUGGUGGCUGCCCCUCCACAGGGAUGUGUCAGGCUGUGUUUUACUGAGGAGGAGGAGGAAAAAGGAUGGAAUUGUUUGUAAAUUUGGGUGUCAGCUUCGCUGUGGAGUGAACAGCAGUGCUGGCCUGGAAUGGGACAGCAGCAGUGGGAGGGCAGUUCCUUAGGAAAUGUGUGCUGGGGAGAAAGGGAAUUCUGAGCAAACGUGCCUGGAGGUGUCAGCUCCCAGGAAGAGCCCAAACCGCAGCUGGCUCAGAAUUUACUUUUCAACAAGGAUGACUUUUUUCUUGCUUUUUAUUAAUUCAAACCUAGUGGAACUCGAUGGGAGUGUUGGGUGUUAUGUGGAAAUGGGUUGUUUAGGCUCAACUUGCUAGUUUAGGGAAUGAUAAUGUGUUAACUCUGUCUUGUAGCUGGCUGCUCUCGUGGCCGAUAAUCCUCUGUGGUGUUCAGCUGCCAAAGGCUCGUGCUGCCCUUCCCAGUGGGACACUGAAUUAUUUGGGAUGUGGGGUAGGAGAGGGAGGUACCAAACUGUGAGUGCCACUGACCUUUGGGUGCUUUGUGUGCUGAAUUCAAGUGUGUGGUUCUGGUUUUUUGUUUGGAUUGCAAUAUUUGGAACUUUGGAGGCAAAGAGCACUUGGCUCGACCGUGUUCAUUAGCUUAAUUAAAGCAAUCUGCACUUUUGUUUUGUCAUUGAUUACUCCCCCUGCCCUGUUCCCAUGUGUAUUUUGCACUCACCACUUUAACAUGACACUGAUGGAUUAAUCUGGGCAUUGCCUGGAGAUUCUGAGUGUGGACAAGUCUCUACAAAAGUAUUAAAAAUGAAGGAGAAACCUAAAUCCCUGCUUUGUACAGAGGGCAGUGGGAGGAAACCAUUGCACAUCCACCACCACAAAUACCCACGUGGAACAUGAGAAGUUGUACUUUAACCACCUCACCUGCCCAAGGGCUGGGGUUUGCCUGUCCUUUCCUUGGAGGCUUAGAGAGGAAUGGGAUGUAUGAAAUCAACACCUGGCGGCCUUCACCCCAGGUUUUGGAAAGCUGAGCAAGCCCUGUUGUGUUACUUUUACACCUGAUCAUUGUUACCCAAGGAGCCUUUUCCAAUUUCAAAUAAUAAAAAGCAAAAUUUUAUGAACUUA